CACUCUCUUUACCACUUUCUUCUUUACAUCGCUGAUCUUUGAGUUUCUCUUAUACGAUGGAGUUGGAUCUUACACCGAAGUUGCCAAAGCAAGUGUACGGAGGAGAUGGAGGAUCGUACUUCGCGUGGUGCCCUGAAGAGCUUCCGAUGCUGAAAGAGGGUAACAUUGGAGCAGCGAAGCUCGCUCUUGAGCAGCAUGGUUUCGCUGUUCCUCGUUACUCUGACUCUCCCAAAGUCGCCUACGUCCUUCAAGGAUCUGGAACGGCGGGGAUUGUACUCCCUGAGAAGGAGGAGAAGGUGAUUGCUAUCAAAGAAGGAGACUCCAUUGCUCUCCCCUUUGGUGUGGUGACAUGGUGGUUUAAUAGCCAGGAGACUGAUCUUGUUAUCCUCUUCCUUGGUGAGACCCACAAGGCUCACAAGAGAGGACAGUUCACUGACUUUUACCUCACCGGCUCUAACGGAAUCUUCACCGGUUUCACCCCUGAGUUUGUCGGCAGAGCGUGGGAUUUGGAUGAGGGGACGGUCAAGAAGCUUGUGGGUUCUCAAACCGGUAAGGGCAUUGUGAAGCUUGACGCUGGUUUCAAGAUGCCAAUGCCCAAGAGUGAGGAUCGUGAAGGGUUUGUGUUGAAUUGUUUGGAAGCUCCUCUCGAUGUUGACAUCAAGGACGGUGGGAGAGUUGUUGUCUUGAACACUAAGAAUCUUCCUCUUGUUGGGGAGGUUGGGUUUGGUGCUGAUCUUGUUAGGAUCGAUGCGCAUUCAAUGUGUUCGCCAGGCUUCUCUUGUGACUCGGCUCUUCAGGUGACUUACAUUGUUGCUGGGAGUGGGAGAGUGCAAGUCGUUGGCGCUGAUGGGAAGAGAGUUCUUGAGACUCACAUCAAGGCUGGUUCUCUCUUUAUUGUUCCGAGGUUCUUUGUGGUUUCGAAGAUUGCUGAUCCUGAGGGCAUGUCUUGGUUCUCCAUUGUGACUACUCCUGAUCCGAUCUUCACGCAUUUGGCUGGGAGGACAUCUGUUUGGAAGGCAUUGUCUCCAGAGGUUCUGCAGGCGGCGUUUAAGGUUGAUCCGGAGGUGGAGCAGUCUUUCCGUUCAAAGAGAACUUCGGACGCCAUUUUCUUCCCUCCUUCCAACUGAAGAAGGCGAGGAGAUGAGAACAAGAACCAGCUUUGUCGUUAAUCGUUGCUUUUUUCCAUUUUUUUUUUCUCUUUGCUUGUGAUCCACGGAAGUACUUAGGGUUUCUUCUCUUGUGUUUUAUCCUGGACCGGUUCUUGUUCUCUUUGUUGGUCUUUACGCUCUGUUAUUGAAAUAAAACACUAUCUAAGGUUUUUUACAUUUGAAAACUA